AUUCAUGAUCAGAAAGGUACAAAAAAUGCUGACUACUGAUUCAGUUGUCUGGUGUGUUUCCUUUGGGAAAUCCAUGUGACGACGAAUCAAAUUGAUAGCUUCAUAUUAUGGAUCACUAUCGAGAUCUCCUUAUAUUGCAUCAACGCAUUCGACGCAAUGCCUUUUUAUAUAUUUUCGAACCAAUCUUGAGUUACUAUAAAAGUGGAUCUCGAUAGCCAAUGAAACGCCAACUGCACUGGGGAGUUUAUAAAAGGUCCAAGCACGGUUCUUUUUUCGCAUCCUUUUAUUGUCAACUGGGAUCCAUCCGAACCGGAUCAUGAAGAUCAAGCUCAUUUCUCUCCUUUACUCCAUUGUCAUCGCAGCUUGUGUCAUUGAUAUUGCCUCAGCACGAACAUGGAACUGGAAUUUCAGUAAUUGGAACAAAUACAAGAAAGAUCCCUCGACGAAAAGCGCCAAAUGGCUUGAAGCGUGGGGGAUGAAGAACGGAAAAGGCUGGAGCUGGCCUUCCUUGUCCGGCAGCCAAAAAAAUCAUGCCAUUGUCAAAGAUCCUGCCGCAGGAGGCUCCGACUACGUACUUCGAGUAGUGUAUCCAAAUGGAUCUAGUAAUCCUGGUUCACAACCGCAAGGCGGCAUUGGGUUUAGUGCAGAACCUGUCAAGCUCACUGAAGCUGUUAAAACCGUGCAGUUGGAAUACAAAGUAUUUUUCCCCAAAAACUUCAAGUUUGUCAAAGGUGGAAAAUUACCUGGACUUUACGGCGGCCAACAACAUUGCUCUGGAGGCAACGAUGCCAUCAAUUGUUUCUCUUCAAGGUUCAUGUGGCGAAGCAAUGGUAUGGGGGAAGUGUAUGCCUAUUUGCCGGAUACCGAUCAACGAGAUGGGCUCUGUGACGUCAAGAAUAAUGUGUGCAAUCCAAAGUACGGCUAUAGCUUGGGACGAGGAGCUUGGACUUUCAAGACAGGUCGGUGGACUACCGUGGUUCAAAAACUUGUGAUGAACACCCCCGGUAAACCCAAUGGUCGUGUCACCGUGUAUGUAAACGGACGGAAAGUCUAUGAAGACAAAAAAAUUGCUUGUACUAAAACGAAGGUUACUAUUUACUUAGUGUUUCAUUCCUUCUUUGGCGGAAACGGCAAGUCGUGGGCGACGCCAGCCAAGCAAUACACCUAUUUCAAGGGAUUCGUCUUGACCGCCUACGAUCAUUAA